UUUUCAAAUGAUACUGAACUGUAUAAAUCUCCCCGUUUUGAAUUAAUUCCCCCGUUUCUUUAUACAUUAAAAAACCUACCCUGGAAGCGCCUGUGGUGACGGAUGACGUCAUGCGCUAUUCAGGAUUUGGCUCGAACUGUAUGCUUGUUUAAUGAUCUUAUUUUAAGUAAUUCAAUUACUCUGCUUUCAGAAUCUCUAUAUAGUACAACCUUAAAGGCCUGAUUAAUUAAACUUAAUGUGUUAGAGUUAUGUUUAGAUGAUUGUUUGCUAAUAUAUCUACAUUUAUGGUGGAUCCAGCAUUUACAUGGGCAUUGAGUUAUAUUUUAAUCUGAGCAUGAUUAAUGCUUUUAUGAUGCUAACUGGAUACAGAGGUAUAUCGACUGAGAAGUAAAAGAAAAUCUUCCGGAAGCUACUGGGGGAACAUCGGUACCAAUGCAAAAAUUCACAUUGAUUCAGCUGAAUACAUUUGGUGGUUUAGGAUGAAAAUGCUAUAUUGCAUAAUGGACCUACUACUGUUGGUGAAAACUUUAUUUAUUUUAUACCUGAUUUAUGUAGAUGGCGCCACCGCAUGGGACGAUCCGAUGAAUUCAUCCUUUGAUAAAUACCGAAACUGCGGAUUCAGGACCAAGGACAGAUCCAGCAUACCAUUGUGCAGCCAGUUGUUCCCUUUUACAUUUAUUCAAAAUCAUUCAACAUAAAGUAGUUCAUUCAACAUAAAAUACUUCUAAAAUGAUAAACACUUUCCAGAAAAAUACCUUAACGGGUUGUUUUAAUAAAGCGGUAUAAAUGUUUCUGUAGCCCGUGUUGCGGAAGCAUAUGUCCCACGUUGGUUGUUAUGUAUGUAAAUACACGUUUAAAUCUAAGUUUUAUUGGAAAGCGGUUUUAACUAUGUUUAUACCGGAAGUGAUCCGAAUUUAUCGAGAUGGUUGAGUGAGAUGACAAGGACACCUGUCAUCGUUUGGUGUUCACUGUCUUAUUGUUGCCUUAAAACUUUUUUAAAAUCACGGUAAUAUAACUUAUUCCACUAGGUUACUCUGUGCUCAGUCCUAAUUUCUGUAACUUCUAAUCAAAAAUGCUAAACCACUACGAUAACAUCUACACAUCAGUUGCCGUAUUUCUGCAGACAAACUAACCUAGUUUAACAUCUUGGUCUGUUUCUGUUUUCUGCACACAACCUUCUUCCCAAUGUACUGCCUCUGGCACCCGGAUCACCUUUUCCCCGAAACUCAGUAACUCUCCGCUGUGUUUAACAGACUGCCAUUUGUAGCUGACAAAUGUGCUCUGCGAUUUACACGUUUAUAGAUAAAUUAUUUUUCGGCAGUUGCCUAUUACUCCAUCGCCCUCCUUGCAAGAGGGGUCAGGGAAUCAUUUUCCGUUUAUAUUGGCUUUUCGGUGAACUGCUUUUUAUUGCCUCUGGAAAAUCACUAUAAAAAGUGUUUUGUGGUAACUUGCUUCUGCAAAUCUGUUAUACAAAAAAUUUCAUUGAUAUUUUAUCAGAUAUUGUAUUGCCCAGCCUUAAAGACACGCCGCGGAAAGACAAUAUGGUAUUUCAGCGUUCAAAAUAUUACGAAAUAAAAAGAAAGCAGUUCUUUAAUUCUCUCUAUGCUAGAUUUUAUAAUAGCAGCCGCCGAGUCGUUCAAAACAUUGGCGUUUAGUUCAAACGCAGCUGAUUUACAGGCAGUUUAUGAACUUGCAUUGACGUCAGUGGAGCUGCCGCCGAUGUAUAUAAACAUGGAGCAAGUGGCGCACCAGCCGCAUCCCGUCAAGCUGCGCUUUGCGGACUCAGCCUUCGAGUCGCACUUUUCCCACCUGCGAGAAACUUACAGCGCUUUGCAAGAUUAAAGGCACCUGUCAAUCCACCAUGAAACCUAUUCCCCUGGUCCUGCUGGUGGCCACGGUAUUCUUGACCACCAACAUCCGCAUCAGUGCUGGUCGACCAAGGGACUUGAGCAUCUUUGACGGUCACGGUUACAAGACGCAACUGGACCAGGUUUUGUUAAAGGCCGGCGAUAAUGCCAUCUCCUACCUCAUAGGUGCAAAAAUACUUAGGUAUCUGCAAAGGAACCCGAAGGGUCUUUCACGAUUUCCUAUAGAAAGCCUCCAGGUUAUGACGGCACCAUCCAGCAAGGGCUUCGGUCACCUGGCCCGCGACUUGUCGCUUGUGGAUGGAGGGCGCACACUGGAAGACGGCGACAGCAUGGAGGAGCCCGUGGACUUGUCCAAGAGGAAUGACGACCCGCCCAUCUCGAUUGAUCUCACUUUCCACCUGCUCCGAAACAUGAUCGAAAUGGCGAGGAUUGAAAGUCAGAAAGAACAAGCGGAACUAAACCGCAAGUAUUUAGAUGAAGUCGGCAAAUAAUAUUUCACUGCAUUGUAAUUUAAAACCAUUCUCAAAGCGAAACGAAUGCCCCGGCACCUCCACAGUUAGUUUUGCUUUUCUUUUACUCAAACUGCUGUUCAUCGUGCCAUUCGAAGUCACAAUGUAUAUUUCUGUACGUAAAACCGUAAAACUAAACACGUUAUGGUCAAGGCGAGGCCCUGUACUGUCUGUUGCGGUGAGAUUGGUAUGAAAACACAUGCGCUAUAUAGAAACAUAUUCAAAAUCUUCAGUCUUUGUUUCUCUGGUAUUCAUUUCGUCCUAUAUUGUUCGGAUUAUUGUGUGGGUGUUCACUGUAGUAAUAGACGAGCAGUGACUUUAACAUGAAAAUUUAAACAGUAAUUCCCCUCACACAUUAGCCUGAUCCGUUUGUGGGAUACUGUAAAGGGGACAACUUUUUCAUGCCUUUGACCAAUGUAAAAAAAUAUCACUUUUUUGUUGUAUAUAUAAAAAUGUACAGGUCCUUAAUUGCUUAGUGACCUUAUAAAAUAUGUGUUUCCAACACAGUUAUUGUGCAAACGAGGAGCAUUGAAUGAGCGUCACUCUUUCAGUAGAAUAUGAUGUUCUUAGGCUCUGUCCUUGAAGCAGGAGUGUCGUGACACUUUUAACUUAUAAAGUUUAUUUUUGGUUAUAUCGGUAAAUAUCUGGUCGGAUUUUUUCAAUUUUUUGCGCUGCUGGAAUGUUUAUAAUAAAUGCAAAAAUCUGGAAAUAAUUCGAGUAGGCUAUUCAAUUCCUCAAAGUAUGUGAUUCUGCAACGUUUAUGAAAGUACAAACUUUUUUUUUUUUUUUUUAGUUAGGCAUUGCGUCAACUGGGACGUUUCAUGCAAUUUCAGCAACGUGCCAUUUCAUCCGGUAUAUCUGAGAUUAUACGCUAUAACCGCUGACCUUGCAUCAGUGAUGAAUACUUGAAUAAUUCCAUGUUAUAAAUAACACUGAACAGGUGACACUGAGAGUAAAACGUUUACAUAGUCAACUGGUUUUAGAGGCAGCGGUUCAAUAUGAUUCAGCCACCAAAAAACCCCCUUCAGUAACAUGAAUAUACAAUAUUAGGGUUAGC